AUGGCAAACAGCCGCUUCAUCUCCGGCAUCGGGCCCACGCCCUUCGAGCCCGACACCCCGCGCACGCUCCUCGACGGCACCAUCGGCGCGCCCGCCGCCACCAUCGCCGUCCCCACAGAGUCCGACCGCGCCCUCGCCGCCAUAAACAAGCAGGACCUGCACCCGUCCGCCCUCCAGACCAUAUCCUCCUACAACUGGGUGUACGGGCCGGGAAAGCGCCUCAAGAUCAUUGUCCCCGGCUACCCCUCCUGCUGGAACCCCCCGCAACUACCCAUAAAGCUCCCGCCCGACACGGGCUUCCGCAUGAUCCACCAGAACGAGUACUUCUCCCCCGGCACGCCGCUGCGCCCGCUACUGCGCGCCGUGUACACGCACCGGCCCGACUACGACAUCCGCGGUGUUGAUGUUGUUACGGACCGCAGCAGCCUGCUGAAGCUGUUCAAGUUUGUGCGCGGCGAGGUGAAGCCGCCGCCGGCACCGACGACGCCGACACACACGGGCCGCGGUGGUGGGGGGUAUCGGGGGCGUGGGGGGCUGCCGACGCCGCCGGGGAGCCCGGCGUCGCGGGGGCGCGGCGCAGGGCUUGGAUAUCGCGGCGGUGGGGGGCGGGGUGGGCGCACACAGCACCAGCCGUUCAACAUGGACCCGCCGAAGGAGGCGCGGAUCGACGUUGACAUCAUGGGCGGCGGCGGGGGGACAAGGGCGAGCAUGCUGCUGUCGCGGUGGGAGACGAAUAGCUCCGAGGUGAUACCGGAGGGGCAGUUUCGGGGGUGGGGGUUCCAGUUCCUGAACCGGUUCACGCGGUUCGGGGACGCGGGGGAGGAGGCGGUGAUGGACGAGGGGGAGCUGCAGAGCCACCAUCGCGUGGUGGAGUAUGAGAUGGGCGGGAUGCGGUUUUUGGUUAGAUAUCAUGGUGAUGCGAUUACGCAGUCGCUGGCGGAGUUUCGGUUUUGGGCGGAGAGGGAGCGGGAGAGGGGGGAGAGGGCGAGGAGGAGGGAGAGGAGGGCGGCGGCGGCGGCGGCGCAGGCUGCGGGAGGGGGUGUGGGGGAGAGGGAUAGGAGGGGGAGUGAGGAGAGGGAGAAGGAGGUGAAGGGGAAGGGCAAGGGAGAGGGGGAGGCGGCGAGGAGGAAGAGUGCGAGCCCGCAGGAGAAGGCGGAUGACUGGCUGGAGAAGGAGUUUAUCGAGGGCCUGUCGAAGCUGACGCUGGGCAGAGUCAAGACUACAGUCGCCAUCGAAGCCCACAAGAGCCUGACACCGCUGUACCCGCACGAGUCCAUUGUCGGCAUCAAGACGUGCAGCGACAACUCUGCGCCGUCAAUGAUGCUGCGCGCCAUCCCGCAGGUGUUCUUCUCGCAGACGCCGCACCUGUUUAUCGGCUACCAGCGCGGCGGGAGCUUUGAGCGGGUGGAGAAGAUUGAGACGGCGGCGCUGCUGCGCGAGUGGGAGGACGAGAACGAGGUGGUGCUGAAGCGCUAUCUGGUGCUGCUGGCGCGCAUCCGCACGGUGGUGGAGCGCAUGGAGGGCAGACGGGCGACGCUGGUGUUUACGAGUGGGAAGGAGAGCGAGGGCGUGAAGGUGUACAGGAGGAGGGAGGACACGCAGGGACCGGUGCCGAGUGAUUUGGUGGCGAAGUGGGAUGCGUGA